AUGUCAAACGGAUUUCAGUACGAGUAUAUGAAUGAAGCGUCCAUCGACAGUGAACUAAUAUGCAUGAUUUGUACUAAACCACUGGAGGAUCCACAAUGUACGCCAUGUGAUCAUAUAUUUUGCAAAAGUUGCAUUACAGAAUGGAUUCAAAGAAAUAAUAUGUCAUGUCCUACAUGUAGACGGCUUCUUCGAAUUCACGAGCUGAUACAGGCAAGUCGUACUGUGCGAAAUAUUCUCGGUAAGAUUCACGUGAAGUGUAUGACAUGUGGGAAAAUAGACUUGGAGCGAAGCGAUUUUGAACAGCACGUUGCCAUUGCAUGUCCCGCAACCUGCUUAGCAGCAGACAUUAUGUGCCCAUGGGCAGGAACACGUGGGCAGCUUGACAAUCACUUGACCAAUUGUAGUUAUCAAAAUUUACGACCAAUACUCGUGCCACUCAUGGCUGAACGGCAACAACUCAAAGAACAGGUGUCGCAACGAACAGCUGCAUUGAAUCAAUCUAAAGAAGAGACUAUGCAGUUGAAAAAUGUAAUAGAGCAGCAUAAAAUUCGCACUGAGGACAGUCGUCGACAUUUCAAAGAACGAGAAAUGCAGGAUAAGACUCAGAUGGACCAAUAUCUGAAUAAAUGUCGAAAACUCGAAGAACAAUGGAAACGAGAACAAAAUCAAAAUGAACAACGCCAUAACGAGGUCGACCAUCUCAAAGAUCAAAAGAAGGAACUAUUAGCGCAAGUGGAUAAAUACAAGAAGAAGUUUCAGGUCCUUACAGAACAGCUAACACGAGAGAAAACUCAAAAUGAUGCGAAUCAGAACCAAAUUUGUUCUCUCAAAGAAAAAAUAAAGCAACAGACAACUGCAGCAGAACAUUAUCGUAAUGAUACGAUUCAACUUAACGACCAAUUGAAAAAACAGCGUGCUAAAACAAGCGAAUAUGUGACUGAAGUCAAAAUGAUUAAAGAGCAAAUGAAAGAUCAACAUCGGAUUGAAAUUCAACAACUAAGAGAUAAGGAAAUGCAUUACAAAGCUGAUAUCGCUGAGUAUCAGAAAGAAAUAAAGCAACUCAAGCAACAGAUGGAGCAUGAACAGAUUCGUCUUAAUGAAAUUCACGAAGAAAAUAAGGAUGAAAACAAUCAUAUGCAACGCACUGUUCAGGUACAAAAUGAGCAGUCAAUGGGCGAAACGGAUAGUGACUCAGGUGAGUAUCGACAAUGA